CCGGCGGGUGGCAGCCCGAGGCAGCGGGGCGCGCACGCGGGAGCGUGGCGGCCCGUGUGCAAGCUGACCGCAGCUCCCAGACCCACCCGGAUCUCAGCCCGACGGCACCAUGGGCAAGAAGAGCAAAGUGGGGAAGAGCCGGCGGGACAAGUUCUACCACCUGGCCAAGGAGACAGGCUUUCGUUCCCGCUCCUCCUUCAAACUUCUCCAGCUCAAUAGGAAGUUCCAGUUUUUGCAGAAGGCCCGGGCGCUGCUGGACCUAUGUGCAGCCCCUGGUGGGUGGUUACAGGUGGCUUCCAAAUUCAUGCCUGUUUCCAGCUUGAUCAUUGGAGUGGAUUUGGUCCCCAUCAAACCCAUUCCCAAUGUGGUGACGCUGCAGGAGGACAUCACUACUGAGAAGUGUCGCCAGGCCCUGCGCAAAGAGCUGCAGACGUGGAAGGUGGAUGUGGUGCUGAACGAUGGGGCUCCUAACGUGGGAGCCAGCUGGGUGCACGAUGCUUACUCCCAAGCCAACCUGACUCUCAUGGCCCUAAAGCUGGCCUGCGAAUUCCUCUGCAAAGGCGGCUGGUUCAUCACCAAGGUUUUUCGCUCUCGAGACUACCAGCCUCUCCUGUGGAUCUUCCAGCAGUUCUUCCGCAAGGUCCAGGCCACCAAGCCCCAAGCCUCCCGCAACGAGUCCGCUGAAAUCUUUGUGGUGUGCCAGGGUUAUCAGGCUCCAGAUAAAAUUGACAGCAAAUUCUUUGACCCAAAAUAUGCCUUCAAGGAGGUAGAGGUUCAGACCAAAUCCGUGAGUGAGCUGAUCAGCAAGAAGAAGCCAAAGGCAGAGGGCUACGCAGAUGGUGACACGACCCUGUACCGCCGCUUCACCCUGAUGGACUUCCUCAAGGCUCCCAACCCUGUGGACUUCCUCUCCAAGGCCAAUGAGAUCACACUAGGGGAUGGUGAGCUUGAGAAUCACAGUGCCACCACAGAGGAGCUGCGUCAAUGCUGCAAAGACAUCCGCGUGCUGGGGCGCAAGGAGCUCAGAGCCCUGCUGAACUGGAGGACAAAACUGCGACGUUUCCUGGCUAAAAAACUGAAAGAGCAGGCAAAGGAGCUGGAUAUCAGCCUGAGCUCUGGCGAAGAGGAGGAAGGCCAGGAGGAGGAAAAGAAGAUGUCACCAAAAGCCACAGCUGAUGAGAUGGCAAAAGAAGAAGAGGAAGUAGAGCUGGCAUUGGCAGAGAUGAAGGCCAAGGAACUGGCAGAGUUAAAGAGGAAGAAGAAGAAGAUCCUGAAGGAGCAACGGAAGCAGCGUGAGCGUGUGGAGUUGAAGAUGGACCUCCCCGGUGUCUCCAUUGCUGAUGAGGGUGACACUAGCAUGUUCUCCCUCCAGACUAUCCACAAGACCCAGCUGCUGAAUGAGAUGGCCCGGGGGGACAUGGCAUCAGCAGACGCCCUCCUGGAGAUGGGGCCUGGGGACGAUGACAUUUGUCUCUCAGAUCGGGACGAAGCAGAUGAUGUGUCCCUGGCCAGCGAUCUGGACCCAGAGGAGCUGGUUGAGAUAGAGGCACGUCAGCGCCAGCUGGAGCGGGAAAGGCGAGAGCAGGGUACAAAGAGGGUGACCUUUGAGGAGGAAGAGGACGCAGAGGAGGAAGAGGAAAAUCCCCUUCUGGUGCCCCUGGAGGAGAAGUCAGUGCUGGAGGAACGGCAGACUAGUUUAUGGUUUGGGAAGGAUGCCUUCGCUGGCAUCGAGGAUGAUGCAGACGAGGACCUGGAACUGGGACAGUCACAGAUGCUGGCUCAGAGACAGCGGGAGUCUCGGACAGACAAGGAGAAAGGAAAAGGGCAGAAAAAGGUUCCUCAGGAGGAAGCCGUGACCAAGCCUAAGACUGUAGUGGACACAAGACCAGAUGGUGGUGAAGCACAGGAUGAGGAGAGCAGUGACGAUGACAGCAGCAGCGAUGAGGAGAGGCUGCCAACAUCAGUGGGGAAGAAGCGAGCCCGAGAUGAGUCGAGUGGCUUCGAAGUGGUGCCCAUUGAGGACCCAGUGAAGAAAGCCCGUGUCCUGGACGCAGAGGGCCUGGCACUUGGUUCGGUCAUCGCCACCUCUAAAAAGGCCAGACGGGAUCUGAUUGAUGACUCCUUCAACAGAUACUCUUUCAAUGAGGAUGAGGGGGAACUGCCUGAGUGGUUCACAGAGGAGGAGAAGCAGCAUCGACACAAGCAGAUACCCCUAGACCGGCAGACAGUGGAGGAGUAUCGGCAGCGCUGGCGCGAAAUCAAUGCGCGGCCCAUCAAGAAGGUGGCGGAGGCCAAGGCCCGCAAGAAGCGGCGGAUGCUGAAGAAGAUGGAGCAGAUGAAGAAGAAAGCAGAGGCCGUGGUGAGCACGGUGGAUAUCUCAGAGCGGGAGAAAGUGGCCCAGCUGCGGCGCAUCUACAAGAAGGCUGGACUGGGCAAGGAGAAACGACAGGUCACCUACUUGGUGGCCAAGAAGGGUGUAGGACCCCGCGUGCGCCGUCCCCCUGGGGUCAAGGGCCAGUUCAAGGUGGUUGACAGCCGCCUGAAGAAGGAUGUGAGGGCUCAGAAACGAAAAGAACAGAAGAAAAAGCGCCGUAAGUGAUGUGGAACAGACUCUGUCCCAGGCAAGGGACUUAGCUAGAGGGUUCUGGGCAGGGCCGGCUCCUGCCCUCCCUCCACUGGACACUGAUCCAACUGUGACCCUAGGAGCAGCCUGCCAUUCUCUCUGGAGAUGGAGCAGUGAGUUAGCAAUGUGCUCCUGUUCCUCAGUGCCUUGAUUUGACGUUGCCUCCUGCCCUCAGUAGUACCAGCACACAGGCAGGGUUAACUUGACCUUAGUUCUGUGGCAUUGACCCUGCCCCCCUUCAAAUGCUCGCUGGAUGGCAGCAUCUCCUGGUCCCUGUGGUCAUGCUGGCUCCCCAGCUUGGCCACGUUGCUGGGAGAAUCUUAGGCUGCAGAGAUAGAGGGAGCACCCAUGCCAGCCCUUGCUGUCCCGGGAGGAGUCAUGGCUCUGAGCAAAUCGCUCCUGGGGCCAUAUUUAUCACUCAAAUCCUGGUGAAAGGCCGGUCCCCAGAGCCAUUCUGCACACUCAGGACUGUGUGGGGCUAUUGAUGCUGAGCUCUGAGGCAGACAGGUAUCAGUCCCAACAAUCUGCUCGGCACAGAACUGCUCCUUGUUUGCAACAGAAUUAAACCCUGGUCUGAGGAUGCCCCA